AUGCCGCAAUGGGGGGCAGGAAAUUCGAGGGCGAUCGAGGCCAGGAUGAGAAAAAAAAUGGAAAAAGACAAGAAGCAGAAAGAGCUGGAGGAGAAGAAGUUGGAUGAGUACUGGAAGGACGAUGAUAAGAAGGCCCAGGCGAAAAUUCAGAGGAAGAUGGAAGCCGAAAGCAAAAGACAACAGAAACUUGACAGGAAAAAAGAAUUAAGGGAAUUAUACGGAGAAGAAGAAAAGUCCCUCAAGUCGAACAAAGAAAGUAAAACUACCAGUUCCAAGGUGACCCAGGCGCAAAUCUUGCAAAGGCUCAUCGAGGAGAAGAAGAAAGAAAUGCAGGAGGAUAAGAAGAAGAAGAAUAACCUUAACGUGCAUGAGAUGGAGCUAGAGGACAACAUCAACCACAUCCAGAGGGACGAAAUUAAUGACUAUGAUGAGUAUAUAAAUGCAACCGGAAUCGAUAAUGUCAUUUCUGCGUUAGACAACGUCUCAUUUGAAAAAACCAAAAAAGUGAAAGUUUUAUCCAAAAAAGUGGGCACUAUUUUGUCCAUUUGGUACCAUACAAACGCCUAUAAAAAAUUCGAGGAGGAAAAUCUACCGCUUAUUAAGGAGCAGUACAAGGGGUUGAAGCUCUCACAGUUUAAGCAAAUAUUAUGGAAGCAGAGACGAUUAUUACGACAAAGGGGUUAA